UGAUGAGUUGGGUUUACGGUGAAUAUAAGAUUUAGAUGAUGAGAAUUUUGAAAAAGGUUAAGAACUUUAUUAUGGAGUUUUUAUUUCACCUAAUACCAAUCUCACUAAACACAGGAGGCAGGUUAAGGUGAAAGUAACUUUGGUUUUUUUAGUCAAUUGAAAAUUUAAAUAGAAUUUGCUUUAUGUAUGGGAAAUAUUCUUUAAUUAUGUAGCUCCUCUAAUGAAGAAUAGUUUCAUUUUGGAAAUAAAGAAAUGAAAAUAAGUUUACAAAGCUUAUUUCAACUGAUUCUUAAAUUGGCUAAGAAUACUUCUAAUGAAGCUAUUGAUAAAAUAUAGUAAGCCUUUGAAUUCAGACUAUGAUGU